UUUAGGAGCACUUGCUGCCACGUAGGCGGCCAUCUUGAAUGAGGCCUCACCGAGCUGGUUCUCUUGGCUCAUAGUUUUCUGUAGUCCUUGUCUUGGCAGCAGUAUAACAGUUAAACUAUGGGAGGAUCACAAAGUGCUGAGAUCCCGGGAGGGGGCACGGAAGGUUACCACGUUCUUAGAGUUCAAGAAGGGUCCCCUGGUUACAAGGCUGGACUUGAAGCCUUCUUUGAUUUUAUUGUUGCAAUUGGAAACACAAGAUUGAACCAAGACAAUGAAACUCUGAAGGACCUGCUUAAAGCCAACAUGGAGAAGCCAGUCAAAAUGUUGGUGUACAGCAGUAAGACACAGAUGGUCCGAGAAGUGACCAUCACUCCCAGCCAGGACUGGGGUGGACAAGGGCUACUAGGGGUCAGCAUAAGGUUCUGUUCAUUUGAAGGAGCUAAUGAAAAUGUUUGGCAUGUGUUGGAGGUUCAGCCCAAGUCCCCAGCCUCAGCUGCUGGUCUGAUUCCUUACACAGACUAUAUCAUAGGUGCCGACUCUGUGCUACAUGAAUCUGAAGAUCUGUUUACACUAAUAGAGUCCCAUGAGGGGAAACCACUGAAGCUGUAUGUGUACAACCUGGAAUCAGAUACGUGUAGGGAAGUAUCAAUCACUGCAAAUGGAGCUUGGGGAGGAGAGGGAAGUUUGGGCUGCGACAUAGGCUAUGGCUACCUGCAUAGGAUACCCACAGCGCAGAUAGUGGAGCAACAGAAACAGAGAGAGAAGAAAGCACCCCCUCCUUCUUCAGCUGCCACGACUAACCCUGUCCUCACCACCAAGCCUGAUGGAUUCUCUGAGGUCCCAUUGCAAGGAAUGGCCAAUCUGAAUAUCAACCAUACAGCUGCACCACAGACCCUGAUCAAUCCAGCAUUAAAUACAGGGUCUCCAACCAUUCCUGUGAUUCCUCAGAGCUCUGUGGCAUCUCCUGGAAAUCAUGCCAUGCCAUACACAGCGUCCACGACUCCAGGCUCCAUGCCAGCUGGUUUUCCCGCACCAGCAGGACUGCCCAACCUCCCUGGUUUACCAAACUUAGCAAAUUUACCACCAUUAACCACACCAAUAUCCAUUGCUGGGCUGCCACCUUUGUCUGUACCAUUGCUGAAUUCUACAACUACAGGAACUUUCUCCACUGGUUCUCCCCUAUCAGUGCCUUCUGAUAUCUCUAUUCCACCUCCACCAGUUUCUCUGAGCACAACGCUAGCUAUGACAGCUCCUCUCCCCAAUGUUCAGGCAACACCUGUCCAAGAGGUGGCUCCACCAUCAACAGCAUCGUCAACGCCCCCAGUUCCGCAGACAACGCCAGUUUCAUAAUGACAAUACACAUAUGUAUGUAAUGAUAAGUGGGAGGAUAGACUGAAUGGACUUGACCAAUGGGUUAAUGUGAAGUAUUGGUGUUCUGUAUGGUGUAUAUUUAAUAUGCAAAUGAUUAAGGGGUUACUUUCUGUGCUUGAAUGUGUCAAGAGUGGACAACAUUGGUAAUAUUUUGCAAAGUGUAUACAUAUUUUGUUGAAUUAACUAGCAUGCCACUUCUUUGGCAGGAUUACUAGCUGGUGACUAUUGAUAAAAGAAGACUUAUUUGUUCAUUCUCAAAUAUGUUUACCGAGGGGUUCCUGCCUAUUGAUGUAAAAUUCAAUUGGUCAGCAUGUUUUGAACCGGUAUAUUGGUGGUGGUUAAUGUUUCAGCCAAAUAUAAAUUCAUUGUCAGGGCAUGUUAAGGUAUUACAAAAUUUUAGGGAAUAUUGCAAUUUGCACCAGCAAAAAUGUCCAAAUAAUGUAGAUUUGUGGAUUUCUUUUAAGCUGUAUAAUGCAAUUUAAGGCCAAGAUAUUCAGCCAUACAAGCAUGUUAAAAUAUAACCCCAUUUUGUAUAUAUUGCACUGUGUAAAGAUUGUAGCUGUAUUCAUUGUGGCAGAAAAAGGUAUGCUUGACGGAAAAGUGAAAAACGAAGAUAAUAUUGAAGUUUGAAAACAUGGCUUGAUGUUUUAAUUUACCAGGUAUUGUUUCAUUAAAACUGUUUUAAACAAACUUGAUAGUGUAACUUUUAAACAAUAAAUUAACACUCAGAGAAGGUAAUAUGCUUUGUGGCAACAUAUGAGAACGAAAGUAAUCAAAGAAGAGAAAUUAAUAAUCUACAAAGACCACGUUUCUUCAGAGUUCCUGGCAGCAUUAGCCAACCAGGAAGUUAUUUAUUGAUUCAGAUUUUGGGCAAAUUGAGAGGACAUUGUGAAUACCUCUGCAAAUGUACACUAUGUAGUUAUUUUCUUAAAUACUCAGAAAUAAAAACAAUAUUUCAAGUUCAA